CGUUUUGUUUGGGCCAUAGCCAUUUUCUUUUCGUUGAUCGUUGGUUUUUUUAUUUUAUUUAUUGUCUGCCUACUUCUUACGGGUUUAUCUUUCUAAAAUAAUUUUUCUAAAUUUUUUAUAAAUAAUUUUCUCGAUUAUUCUCGUAAAAAAAUGGCUGGAGGUAAAGCUGGUAAAGAUUCGGGUAAAGCAAAAGCUAAAGCCGUUUCACGUUCGGCUCGUGCUGGUCUUCAAUUUCCCGUUGGUCGUAUACAUCGUCAUCUAAAAAAUCGUACCACAUCACAUGGACGUGUUGGUGCUACAGCUGCUGUUUAUAGUGCAGCCAUUUUGGAAUAUUUAACUGCCGAAGUAUUGGAAUUGGCUGGUAAUGCAUCAAAAGAUCUCAAAGUAAAACGUAUUACACCAAGACAUUUACAAUUGGCUAUUCGUGGUGAUGAAGAAUUGGAUUCAUUAAUUAAAGCAACCAUUGCUGGUGGUGGUGUCAUUCCACAUAUACACAAGUAUUUGAUUGGCAAAAAAGGAAAUGCACCACAAAAACCAGCGUAAUAAUCAUUCAUUCAUUCAUUUACCCGGCAUCGUUCGUUGGAUCAAAUAUAGCCCUCCUUUCUAUUUAUAAAAAAAAUCGUCACGCAAAUCUAGAAAGAUACGGAAAU